GCGACGAAGAAGUCGACGUCAUCGUCAACACGGAAGUAGUCGGGUGGUGUCGCCUUAACAGCUACUGGAGGUUUUGUAGGCGAAUUAACGGCUUUUUGUUCGUUUAACAAUUUCACUUUCAGCGGUAGUUGUCGAACCAGCGUGGAAGCCAUGAACGUGACGCUGGCGGUGAAACAAUACAUCUCCAAGAUGAUCGAGGACAGCGGGGCAGGGAUGAAAGUGCUGCUCAUGGACAAGGAGACGACCAGCAUAGUGAGUAUGGUGUACACACAAUCUGAGAUCCUGCAGAAGGAGGUCUACCUUUUUGAGCGCAUUGACUCUCAAAACAGAGAAAGUAUGAAACACUUGAAGGCCAUCUGCUUCUUCAGACCGACUAAGGAGAACGUGGAAAAUCUCAUUCAGGAGCUGAGGAGACCAAAGUACAGUGUCUACUUCAUCUACUUCAGUAAUGUGAUCAGCAAAAGUGAGAUCAAAGCUCUUGCUGAGGCUGACGAACAGGAGGUGGUCGCUGAAGUGCAGGAGUUUUACGGAGACUUCAUUGCUGUCAAUCCUCACCUGUUCUCCCUCAACCUGCACGGCGUGGCCAGGGGGCGAAGCUGGGAGCCAUCCAUGUUGUCCCGCUGCACACAGGGCCUGACCUCCGUCCUGCUGGCCCUUAAGAAAUGUCCUAUGAUCCGCUACCAACUGUCCUCAGACAUGUCCAAACGUCUGGCCGAGAGCGUUAAGCAAAUAAUCACCAAAGAGUACGAGCUGUUCGACUUCAGAAAAACUGAAGUCCCGCCCCUGUUGCUCAUCCUGGACCGCAGUGAUGACGCCAUCACGCCACUGCUCAACCAGUGGACCUACCAGGCCAUGGUGCACGAGCUGCUGGGUAUUAACAACAACCGCAUCGACCUGUCCAGAGUUCCCGGCAUCAGCAAAGAUCUGCGUGAGGUGGUCCUGUCCGCCGAGAAUGAUGAGUUUUACGCUAACAACCUGUACUUGAACUUUGGCGAGAUUGGCACCAACAUCAAGAACCUGAUGGAGGACUUUCAGAAGAAAAGACCAAAAGGCCAGCAGAAGCUAGAGUCUAUUUCUGACAUGAAGGCGUUCGUGGACAAUUACCCCCAAUUUAAGAAGAUGUCAGGCACCGUGUCCAAACACGUGACGGUGGUGGGCGAGCUGUCCCGCCUGGUGUCAGAGCGUCAUCUGAUGGAGGUGUCUGAGGUGGAGCAGGAGCUGGCAGGUCAGAACGACCACUCCAGCGCUCAGCAGAGCGUGCGUCGCCUGCUUCAGAACCCCCGUUUGUCUGAGCUGGACGCCGUUCGUUUGGUCAUGCUCUACGCUCUCAGGUACGAGCGCCACAGCAGCAGCAUUCUUCCCGCUCUCAUAGAGGAGCUGAGCCGAAGAGGCGUGUCAGAUCGCCACCGCAAGAUGGUGUCAUGUAUGGUGGAGUACGGCGGGAAGCGUGUGAGAGGAAGUGACCUCAUCACGCCAACAGAUGCUGUGGCCAUCACCAAGCAGUUUUUCAAAGGCCUCAAGGGUGUGGAGAACGUGUACACACAACAUCAGCCUCUUCUUCACGACACUUUAGAUCAGCUGGUUAAAGGACGCCUAAAAGACAGUCAGUUUCCUUAUCUUGGAGCAAGCAGCCUCAGAGACAGACCUCAGGACAUAGUGGUGUUUGUGAUCGGAGGUGCCACUUACGAAGAAGCUCUGACUGUUUACAACAUGAACCGCAGCACGCCGGGUGUACGCAUGGUGCUGGGAGGAAGCAGCGUGCUCAACACUAAGAGUUUCCUGGAGGAAGUGAUGUCCGCGAUGAGUAGCAGCGGCGACAAAGCCUAUGGCGGCGGUCGCCGUAGCAACCGACACUGAGCAACUUCAAACACAAAAGCGACAUUCCUCGUUGUCGUGAAAUAGUGUCUCUAAUGGCUGAAAAGCAAAUAUUCUUCUUGUAUUUAUAAUUUUUUGUGUUGAUUUAAUGUGAAUCAAUGACAACAUUUCACAUCGUUAAGUGCAAUGUAUAGGUGUUUUUAUUUGUAUUUUUAGGGCUGUCAUAAUUAACGGAGUAAAAACGAUGUCAAAAAAUGUCCUCUAACGGCACUUUUUUUUUUCCAUAGAUACCUAUACCAAUUGAAAAUUAUAGAACGGAACAUAAUUUCUGGCAGGCUGAAAUUAUAUGUACUGUAUAUUCCCCUUAUAACAUGUUCUGGUUAAUAAUCCUCCAUAAAGAGUGUUUAUUAGGCGGCUCGCAUUGCUGUAUUACUGCAGCGAUAUGAAUAACAUUAACUUAUAUAACACAUAAAAUACAGAACACCAAAAGCAUUUAUUUAUGUAAAAUAUCAGGUGGCGACUUGUCCAGGGUGUACAACACCUUCCGCCCAUGUGCAGCAGAGAUAGGCUCCAGCGCCCCCCGCGACCCCGAAGGGAAUAAGCGGUAGAAGAUGGAUGGAUGGAUGGAUCACAGAUUAGAUCAUCCACAUUUUGUGUUGUUAAUGCGCCAAACUGGCAUGUAAACUCAGAAGUGUAGCUCCACCCCUUUAAUGCAAGUGCUCUAGCAGCCGGGGAUACAAAAUCUGGCACGACACCGGGCACCACACAUAAUGUUUUAUUUCUUCAGUUAAAAAGUGUUUGUGUCAAUUUUGUGUUGAGCUGGUUUUAAAAAGCAUAAUGUAAUAAACAUUUCAAUAAAGCAAACAAAUUGUCCUCACCCAUGUUCAUAGUAUUAAAACGUGGCCAUUAUCUGGCUAAAGCAAAUUUAUUAAAGAUUAAAAAGAUUUACCUGUGAUUAAUCACGAUUAACUGCUGAGGGAAAUGUGAUUAAAUAUUUAAUUGUUCGGCAGCUCUAGGUUUUUAAGCAGGCUUAAAGUAUAACUUUUAUUGUACUUGAGCAUUAAACAUAGUGCUGUUAAACCGUUUUUUAAAACCAGAUUAAUCACACCUUUGAAUUUUGAUUAAUCAGGACUUAUCACAGGUUAUAACAGUUUUUUCAGUUGCUAACACCCUUUGUCCAACCAGUUGUCAUAUUUUCAAAACUUUAAACAUAUGUAGCACAGCAUCCGUCUUUAGUAGCCAUACCAUGCACGCAUUUCAUGUCAUUUUCACACAAUAUGCAGUCAGUGAACACAUUUCCACAAUGCUUACAUUUUUUAACAGACAAGCUAUACCUCCCAACAAAAUUAUGGAAUGAUUUUGUAUUGUUCACAAAUGUCAACAAACAACAUCCCGCAAAAGCAAACAAUAUUUCAAAUCUUAGAUAUAGUACAAAAACCUAUGUUUCUGGAAUGAUAUCAGUUCAAAAACAUAUCUCAGCUGAUAAACAGACAAUUGAAUAAUUGGCACACAGCUCAUUUAUAUUGGGUAAAUUGCCUCAGUGGCAGUGGUCAGGAGAACUUUGAAUAGGGAUAUUUUUGAAAAAGACAAAACACUUUAAUGUUUGGCCGAGGAAGAGUAACAACAAAUGGCCCAGUGAGAAGUGCAGGCCGAAAUGAGAGGGAAAGGUAGCGGUGUAAGAAUGCAUGGUGGUGGCAUUCCUAGGGCUGCAAGAACAUUAGUCCAUGAGGACAUGCACGCCAAUAUCAUUGACCUUGUAAUCAACCACGGUCUUUCUGUGAUCCCAAUCUGCGGGGUCAACGGUUACCUCCGUUAUAACAAAUCUUUCAACAAACCAACAGGUAAUUAUUGCAUUUUACAUGCAUUGUUUUUAUUCUCACUUGAGAUGUCAAUCAGGCCACGCAGCAAUGCACAUGUGGAUUUUUUCUCUCUCCAAAGAAUGCUUCUCACAAACUGCGUUUCCAUUGCAGUUUUUCACAAAAUAAAAGCAACAUUUCAAAAAUUUCGAUAAAGUACUUUUGCAACUUU